UGGUUUGAUCAAGCAAGGCGAGGAAAUAAAAAAUGGGUUUUCUCGAACUCGGUAGUUAUGUGCCGCUGAAAGAUCUCAGAGUUGAAAUCAGUGAGGUUGAAGGAAGAGGAGCAAAUGGGGGUUUCACUCUGUGUUUCUGGCUUUACCUAAACAACGCCACUCCUCUACCUUCCGCAAUUCUUCUUCAGGAGCACCCAGAUAUUGCUUGCAAUGCUCCUUUCCUCAUACUAGAUGAACAGAACAGAAUAAUGAUUUUUCCAUUGUUUUUUCUACACCAAGAGGCUUCAGUGGCUUCUAAUGCUAUUUCGUGGAAACAAGUUCCUAGUGCAUCUACCAAAAAGCAAUUCCCAGUGAAGAAGUGGGUUCAUAUUUCUUGUGAGAUCUCACAGGUUCUUCUGCGACUUCACAUUGAUGGGGAGAUUAUUGGCGAAAUGCAUUCAACUUCCCCUGUUAAUAGUGAUUUUCAUUCUGAUAUUUCAAGAAAGGUAUCCCUCUGUUGCAUAAAGGGAAACAAUGGUGCGUUGCAAGGAUACAUGUAUGGUUUAGGACUCUUUUCCGAAGUGCCUUCUAUUCAAAGCCACUGCUUUAAGGACAGCCCAAUACAACUAUCCAUUGAUAGUUCUAGUGCCUAUGAAAUUGAUGAAGAUGUUGAUGGUGUAUGGAACAUUGUUGGUGGGAAGGCAUCUUGUCGCAAGAAGUUUUCAUUAGACGUGAUGCUACUAGACGCCCUUGGAAGGCCAGUAAACGAAGAAGGGGAGGUUGUUGCUUCACUUGUGUAUGCCGAUUCAGAAGAACCUGUUGAGAAGCCAUCUGAUGCUGAAGCUCCACUCCUUUCAAGUUAUGAUGGAGUCGAAUCCACUUCAUCUGAUAGACCAAGCAAACUGAUUCAGGGGCGUGCUUCUUUUAAGCUCAAGAUAUCUCAGCUCUCUUCCAAGUGUAAUAAUAGGCUCUUCCGUGUUAAGUUUUACAUUCCGAAGAUGGGCAGAUAUCCUUUUUUUGAGGCGCUCUCCACACCAAUUCGAUGUGUAUCCCGGUGCCGUCCCGUAAGGUCAUCUUCUGCAACAUGGAAGAAGUCACCGUCUUCUAUCCAUUCAUUAAAUAGAUCCCAAUCUCCUGUGUUGGAUGGUGGAGCAUCUGAUGUUCUCUAUAACAUUGUUCAUGAAGCAAAGCAGAGUCCUUCAUCAAAGCGAGUGAAAUUAGGGCAAGAUAUAUCUCUCUCACUUUUGAAGGAUGAGGAUGAUUGUAUGUUGAAGGAAGCUGAGGUGGAAUCAAACUCUCAUGUCUGGACCACUACUAAUGAGGACAAUGUUGCAUGUAUGAACGGUAUUGUGGGGAGGGAAGAAAGUCAUGACGAUGGAGCAGAGAACUUUUCAUUUGAUUCUGAGAACAGUGAAGCAACAAAUUUAGUUCCAGGAAACUUCUCUCCUCGCAUGGGUCCAAUUUCAGAUCUGGUGGUUUUCAAAUAUUGCAUUGGUGGCGUCAGUGAGAGGUGUGGUCUGCUCAAGGAACUCGCGUUGACUUAUGAAGAUGAGGCACUUGGUAGCUUUUCCGAGCAGGUUUCUUUGUUCACUGGAUGUUCACAUCACAAGCGCCAAAUACUAAUGUCGAAGAGACUUAUUGACAUUGGUAUCAAGUGUUGGACCUUGAUAUCGAAAAGCAGCGAAAAUGUCCUCUGGGAUGAUAUGAUAUCCUGGCUUAAGGACCAUUUCUUGAAGUUAACAUUCUGUAGAACAAGAUGCUUAACAAGACAGGACUUUGAGAUUUUGAGAAGAAUAGCGGGUUGUCAAGACAUGACAGUUUGUCAAGAAAACUUUGAAAAGAUGUGGUGCUGGUUGUAUCCCGUAGCUUUUACAUUGUCUCAGAAACAGAGUAAUUCAUUGUGGAGUAGUGUGUCACCUAAGUGGAUUGAAGGAUUUAUCACCAAGGAAGAAGCUGAGUCUUCCCUUCGACAAGGCCCUGGAGGAGGAGGAGGUCUCCAACCCCCGGGAACUUUCAUAUUGCGUUUUCCUACGUCAAGGAGCUGGCCCCACCCUGAUGCCGGAACUCUCCUUGUCACUUAUGUCGCUACUGACUAUACCAUUCAUCACCGCCUCUUGUCUCCUGAUUACUAUCUUUACAGUUCCAAAGAAAUGUCCGAUCGAUCUAUACAAGAAAUGCUGCUUACAGAGCCCGAGUUGUCUUGCUUGGGAAGGGCAAUGAGAAGGCAAUAGUUGGUUUGAAAUUCAACUUGUUGCCUCUAUAGUAGUCUCGAGAGAUUGAUCGGAUGAUCUCAGACGCACAAAAUGCUUCUUGUGUCAUUGGUCACGGAUUAAACGGGAGGAAAAUUGAGGUGAAGGUGUGGCUGCAUGAUUAUGAUGGGAAGAGGGAGUGGGAGCAUAUUCCUUGUAUAUCUUAGACUAAAACUUAUACUUGACAUUAUUGGGGUCCUUAUUUGUAAACAUAACCUAACACUCCAACCCGCGUAGCCCAGAUACACGGACCAACAAAUCGGGUUGUCACUA